GGGAUGGUUCACAACUUAUCAAGAAUUGUAGUAAUUGUUUGGCUUUUUGUGGUGCUGAUAUUGCAGCAGAGUUACACUGCAAGUUUAAGCUCAAUUCUGACAGUUGAACAACUUCAGCCAACAGUCACCAGUUUAGAAGAAGUUAUCAGUAAAGGGAGCCAUGUCGGCUACCUCAAUGGUUCAUUCUUGCCUGAGCUUUUGAGAAGUUUGAAAAUUGAUGAUUCAAAGAUGAUUGCCUUCGACUCUCCUGAGGAAUACAAUGAAGCCUUAUCAACUGGAAAAGUCGCCGUCAUUGUUGAUGAGAUACCAUACCUUAAGGUGUUCCUUAAAAACUAUUGCCACAACUACACUAUGAUUGGACCAACCUACAAGUUCGAUGGAUUUGGUUAUGCAUUCCCUCGAGGCUCUCCUCUCACACCUGAUAUUUCGAGGGGGAUACUGAAACUUGAAUCAAAUGGCAGAAUGGUGGAGCUACAAAAAGCUUUGUAUGGCGAUAAGUCAUGCCCAGACAAAGAUAACUUCCAAACUUCAAGCAGCCUUACAUUGCGCAGCUUUCAGGGGUUGUUCAUCAUCUCCGGGGCAUGUUCAGUUCUGGCAUUAACACUGCACGCUGUCAGAACCAUUUAUAGUAGUCCACAUGGAUCAAGCAGUGCAAGUACUCAGAGUUUAUGGCGCAGAUGGCUUGCCGUUCUAUCUAAGGUCUUCCACAAGGGUGGUAGUCCUUCUACUACUCCAGAUAAUGUUGAGCCCACAACGCCUAUUGGUAGUACAGGUGAUACAGGAAGCCCUCCCGAAGGAGAACAUUCUGAUGCAGGACCGUUGUCAUCUCCACCCAUGCGGGGUUACAAUGGAAGACACAUUUUGUCUACCAAUAGGAGUUCAAUGCGUCGGAGGCAGAUACAAUCUUGUAAUGAAAUACACGGUGACUUCAUUGCGCCGGAGGUAGAUAGAUCGUUGUGAAGGUUUGCUGUCUUAGCUGUAGAUUUAUGUUGAUGUUUAGU